AUGACAGAAGGAACGAGAGGAACAAGAGGUCCCAGAUCAUCAUCCUCUGCUAACUCUGGUCCUCUGAUACUUGACAUUGAAGAUUUCAAGGGAGACUUUUCUUUUGAUGCAUUAUUUGGAAACCUGGUGAAUGAUCUCUUGCCUUCUUUCCUGGAAGAAGAAGCUGAUUCAGGUGAUGGCCAUGGAAACAUUGAUGGUUUGGCAAAUGGGCAUUUACGUGGGCAACCUGAUGCGUCUAGGUUCUCUCAGAUGUCUUCUGCUCCUUUUUUUCCUGAAGUGGAUGGUCUCUUGUCUCUGUUUAAAGAUUCUUGCAAGGAGUUAAUUGAUCUUCGGAAGCAGGUGAGUUUGUGUAUUGGUUUCUUUCUUUCUCCUUCUGAAAAUUUAAGGCUUUUGUUAACAUGUUUUUUUUGGAAGGUUGAUGGGAGGCUCAGUACACUAAAAAAGGAAGUUUCAACCCAAGAUGCCAAACACCGGAAGACAUUGACUGAGAUAGAGAAAGGUGUGGAUGGUUUGUUUGAGAGCUUUGCAAGGUUGGACGGUCGUAUUUCUAGUGUUGGACAGACCGCUGCAAAGAUAGGAGAUCAUUUACAGAGUGCAGAUUCUCAGCGGGAAACUGCUAGCCAGACGAUAGAGCUUAUAAAGUACCUGAUGGAGUUCAACGGCAGCCCAGGAGAUCUUAUGGAGCUUUCCGCUUUGUUUUCUGAUGAUAGCCGUGUAGCUGAGGCUGCUUCUAUUGCUCAGAAAUUACGAUCAUUUGCCGAGGAAGACAUUGGAAGGCAAGGUGCUGCAGGAAAUGCAACCCCUGGUCGAGGACUGGAAGUUGCAGUUGCUAAUCUUCAGGAUUACUGUAAUGAAUUGGAGAACAGGCUUUUAUCGCGUUUUGAUGCUGCAUCACAGCGGAGAGAUUUAUCCACCAUGUCAGAAUGUGCUAAGAUUUUGUCACAGUUUAACAGGGGUACAAGUGCCAUGCAACAUUAUGUGGCAACACGUCCAAUGUUUAUCGAUGUGGAAGUCAUGAAUUCAGAUAUUAGGUUGGUGUUUGGUGACGACGGUUCUCAGCCUAGUCCUAGCAAUGUUUCCCGGGGACUUUCUUCGCUAUACAAAGAAAUUACAGACACUGUACGCAAAGAAGCGGCGACCAUUACAGCUGUUUUCCCCGCUCCAAAUGAAGUUAUGGCGAUCUUAGUUCAGAGAGUUCUCGAGCAGCGGGUCACAGGUAUUCUUGACAAAAUUUUGGUGAAGCCUUCUCUUAUGACUCCGCCACCUGUGCAAGAAGGCGGACUAUUACUAUACCUUAGAAUGUUAGCGGUUGCAUAUGAGAGAACCCAAGAACUAGCUAAAGAUCUCCGAGCUGUUGGAUGUGGUGACCUGGAUGUUGAAGAUUUGACAGAGUCCUUGUUUUCCUCACACAAGGAUGAAUACCCUGAGCAUGAACGGGCCUCCUUAAAACAACUGUAUCAAGCAAAGAUGGAAGAGUUACGUGCUGAGAGUCAGCAAGGCUCGGAGUCAUCUGGGACAAUAGGACGCUCUAAGGGUGCUUCAAUAUCAUCUUCUCAGCAGCAGAUAGCAGUCACUGUUGUGACGGAGUUUGUUAGAUGGAGUGAAGAAGCAAUAUCCAGAUGCUCACUGUUGUCAUCUCAGCCAGCCACACUUGCAGCCAAUGUUAAAGCCAUAUUUACUUGCCUGCUAGAUCAGGUGAGCGUAUACAUAACUGAGGGACUUGAACGGGCAAGGGAUGGCCUGUCUGAAGCUGCAGGAUUAAGGGAGAGAUUUGUUUUGGGCACACUUAGCCGAAGAGUGGCUGCGGCAGCUGUUUCUGCGGCAGAAGCAGCUGCUGCUGCUGGUGAAAAUAGCUUUAAAACCUUCAUGAUUGCUGUGCAACGUUGUGGUAGCAGUGUUGCUAUAGUUCAGCAGGCAUGUUUUUAUGGUUAUCAGUUUUAUUUUGCAAAUUCUAUUUCUCGGCUUCUCCUACCAGUGGAUGGUGCACAUGCAGCUUCGUGUGAAGAAAUGUCAACGGCUCUGUCCAAAGCAGAGGUUGCUGCUUACAAAGGACUCCAACAGUGCAUUGAAACUGUGAUAUCUGAGGUUGAAAGACUGCUUUCAGCUGAGCAGAUGGCUACAGAUUAUAAAUCACCUGAUGAUGGAUUUUCUCCUGAUCACCGCCCAACAAAUGCCUGCAUAAGAGUGGUGGCUUAUCUCUCCCGGGUACUUGAGUCAGCCUUCACUGCUUUGGAAGGUCUUAAUAAGCAAGCCUUCCUGACUGAACUGGGAAAUAGGUUAGACAAACUACUACUAACUCACUGGCAGAAGUUCACAUUCAAUCCCAGUGGAGGACUACGGCUGAAGCGUGACAUAAACGAGUAUGGAGAUUUUGUUAAGAGGUUCAGUGUUCCAUCUGUGGAGGAGAAAUUUGAGCUCCUGGGAAUAAUGGCGAACGUAUUCAUCGUUGCUCCAGAAAGUCUGUCGACGUUGUUUGAGGGUAGUCCAAGCAUCCGCAAAGACGCACAAAGGUUUAUACAACUGCGGGAAGACUAUAAGAGUGCAAAGCUGGCAACAAAACUCAGCUCGUUGUGGCAAGCUUGA